GGCAGCAGUUCGAGCGGUAUUCUGAAAACUCUCCGUUCAGAGGAAGUGAAAAUACUGGUCAAAAGACUCGAAGAACUUGAUAUAAGAACCAUUCACGAAAUAUGGAUAGUCAAGCAUUUCGUAAGCAUGGCACAGAGAUGGUGGAAUAUAUAUGCAAAUAUUUGGACACCCUGAAAGAUCGACGUGUCACACCUAGCGUCGAACCCGGCUAUCUAAGACAUUUAAUACCAUCUGAGGCUCCAUUCGAACCAGAGGAAUGGCGUAAGAUAAUGCAAGAUGUGGAAGAUAAAAUAAUGCCCGGUGUUACGCAUUGGCAGCAUCCACGGUUUCAUGCCUACUUUCCGGCAGGAAAUGCAUUCGAAUCGAUUUUGGGGGAUAUGCUGGGGGAUGGUAUCGGUUGCAUUGGUUUUUCCUGGGCCGCAAGCCCAGCAUGUACGGAGCUGGAAACAAUUGUGUUGGAUUGGCUGGGAAAAGCAAUCGGUUUACCUGACCAUUUUUUAGCUUUAAAGGAGGGCAGUACAGGAGGUGGAGUUAUACAGACUUCCGCCUCUGAGUGUGUAUUGGUCAGCAUGUUGGCCGCGCGCGCUCAGGCGCUCAAACGUCUUAUGGCUCAACAUCCAUUUACCGAGGAAAGUCACUUACUUUCCAAGUUGAUCGCCUAUUGUUCCAAAGAAGCACACAGUUGUGUUGAGAAAGCUGCCAUGAUAAGCUUUGUAAAACUGCGAAUUUUGGAGCCAGACGAAAAUGCUAGCUUGCGCGGGCGCACCGUGAGUGAGGCAAUGGAGGAGGACGAAUUGCAAGGUUUGGUGCCAUUUUUCGUUUCCACCACUCUUGGAACUACCGGCUCCUGCGCCUUUGAUAACUUGGAGGAAAUUGGCAAGGAAUUGAAAAAGUUUCAGUGUGUUUGGUUGCAUGUGGAUGCCGCCUAUGCCGGCAACUCUUUCAUCUGUCCCGAAUUGAAGUCACUCUUAACGGGUAUCGAAUACGCUGAUUCAUUCAAUACGAAUCCCAAUAAAUGGCUAUUAACAAAUUUCGACUGUUCAACAUUGUGGGUCCGCGAUCGAAUCCGCUUGACAUCAGCACUUGUCGUGGAUCCAUUGUAUCUGAAGCAUUGUUAUGAUGAUGCAGCGAUUGACUACCGUCAUUGGGGAGUUCCACUCAGUCGACGUUUUCGCUCGUUGAAAUUGUGGUUUGUGUUGCGUUCCUACGGAAUCUCCGGAUUGCAGAACUAUAUACGACGUCACAUCGAAUUGGCCAAACGUUUCGAACAGCAUGUGCUUAAAGAUAAACGCUUCGAGAUAUGUAAUCAAGUCAAGCUUGGAUUGGUUUGUUUCCGAUUGAAAGGUAACGACAAGCUAAAUGAGAAGCUACUCAGCGCCAUCAAUGAAUCAGGUAAACUGCAUAUGGUUCCUGCUAGUGUCAACGAUAAAUACAUUAUACGAUUUUGUGCGGUGGCCCAAAAUGCCUGUGAAGAUGACAUCGAUUAUGCCUGGGAAACCAUAGUUGAUUUUGCCAAUGAAUUACUUGAAAAGGAACAACACGACGAACUAACGGAGAUCAUCAAUCGAAAGAAGGAAGACACAUUGGCUAAGAAACGCUCAUUCUUCGUACGAAUGGUCAGCGAUCCGAAAAUCUAUAACCCGGCUAUCAAUAAGGCAGGUACCCCAAAUAUGUCGUUAGAUGUUACAUCGCCGGUAGUGGGACACUCUUCAAAUCCUAUUAUAAGAACACAAACAUCGAUGGAUCGGAAUUCGUGGAUUUCCUGGCCCUUAGCGUUUCUCUUCAACAGUAACAAUGAUGAUGGAGGGCAGAAGAGUAAUGUUUCAUUGCGGUUUCGUCAUUUAGACACAAAUGUACGAGCAAUUUCGUCGAGACGCAAUUCCGGUGCCACAUCUUCGCCAUCACCUGACAAUGAGUUGGGCUUUGUUAAUCUGAAGAAGUCACCAAUAAAGCCAACUACAUCAUCGCCACGAAAAGGCGGCCUCUCUCUAACCACAACUAGCAAUCACUCCUAAAAAUAAGUCCGCCUCCAACGUUAUCUUAAGAUCAGCAAAAGGAAGAAGCUUCCAUUCUGCUUGCGAAAUUGACUACUUUGAAUCUUGAAUACUUAAAAUCUUUAAAUAUAUUUGCUUAUAUCAGUUAUAUUAUUAGU